CCUGGUAGGCCCUCCGGGGACGCGCAUGCUCCGUGGCGGGGAGAGACAGUGCUUCUGUGCGAGGGAAGAAGGGCAAAGUCCGACCCUGGCAUGAAAGUUCACCGCGCCAGCCGGAGUUAACCGAGCGACGUCCCGUCUCGUCCCGCCCUGCCGAAGCAGUGCCCGGCGCCAUGGUGCUGGACAGCUUGGCCCGCAUAAUUAAAGUGCAGCUGCCUGCCUACCUCAAGCGCCUGCCGCUGCCGGAGAGCGUCGGCGGCUUCCUGAGGCUCACAGAAAUUCAUGGAACAGUGUUACUGAUCAAUCGUCACUUCUUCCAAGGAAAAUCUCAAGUUUCAGAAUGGCUACGGUUAUUGCCUUUCCUGGGUGUCCUCGCUCUGCUUGGAUAUCUUGCUAUUCGCCCAUUCCUUCCUAAGAAGAAACAGCAGAAGGACAGCUUGAUUAAUCUCAAGAUCCAGAAGGAGAAUCCCAAAGUAGUAAAUGAAAUCAACAUUGAGGAUCUGUGUCACACUAAGGCAGUGUACUGCAGAUGCUGGCGCUCCAAAACAUUCCCUGUCUGUGAUGGUUCUCACAACAAACACAAUGAGUCAACAGGAGAUAAUGUGGGCCCUUUAAUACUCAGGAAAAAAGAAGUCUAACAAACUCCUAACCAUGCUGUGCUGAAGGGAAGUCUACCUAUAUACAACUCUACAUGUAUGUAGAGCUUUCAGUCUAGUAUCACAGGGUUAAGUUUUGGUAUAUUUUAGAUUACUUAGAUUUAUAGACUGCUAGACAUUUGGUAACGUGUUGUAUAUGUUUUAUAUAAUAAAAAGUUACUAUAAUAAGUAUGCUUUGCAGUCAUAGCAGAAUUAUUCUUCCCAGAAUUGCAGUAAUUGUAACAAAAAAUAUAGAUAGAUAGAUAGAUAGAUAGAUAGAUAGAUAGAUAGAUAGAUAGAUAGAUAGAUAGAUAAUCUCUAUUCUAACUACAGGUGUAUCUACACUACAGAUUUAAACAGCUUUUAAUCCAGCUGUACUGCCAGACUGGCCCCAAACUGGGACCUAAUUUGGGGAGGCUGUCAAAGGCAGUCAUGAUUUUGGUCUUAAAUGGGUUUAGGAAUUUGUAUAUGAGCCAGUACUUCAGUCUGAACAUUGAGUGUGUGCAGGGAUCACUUUUAUACAGAACGUCAGAUACCCGUCUUUGAGAAUGAUUAAAGAGAUCUACAAAUUAGUAGCAGUGUCUUCUGCUUCUCAGCAGUGAUACAGAAUGUACAUAAUUGGCUUGUCUGUGAUUCAGAAAUUAUCAUACAGUAUUAUGUAUUGAUGUUGUGAAAUAUAGAACAGUUCAAUCCAAGAACUGCAUAUUUUAUUUACACAAUUCAUGAUUCAGUGAGUAGUGACGAUAUUGAACGAAAUGCAGUAAUUGACUUAUUUGCUACUAAACCUGCUGCCCCCACCAAACAAAUUAGUUCAUAGCACAUGAACAGUAUGGUAUUCUGAACUUCAUGUAGGCCUGUUUAUGCCAUAGUCUAAUGAUUUUUCCCAUAUUUUCCAAUCCUGCUUGGCCUGUAUAUCCCAUCUACCAGUCUUUCCAGUCUUGCGCAUGGUUAGGUUCAGAUUCCCAUGUGCAAGAGUAACAUUAGAGAGUCAUGGCUUAUGUUCCAUAUAGUAUCAAGCUGUAUGCACUGGAAAAUACCGGUUGCUCCAAAGGAAUCAGACAAAUCAGUAAAGCAACAAUAAUUGCCUCUAGAUUAAGGUGUGUGCCAACUAUUUGUUUCAUUGAAGAAAUGGGCUGCAAUCAGAAUAUUCUUGGACAAAGUAAAAGUGGAUUCCUUUUCUCCAUGCUCCUGAAUCCCAGGAAUUUCUCCAUGAACAGAAUCCAGUUUUCUACUAAAGCAGUUUACUUUGUUGGUUUACUACCUGGUGAAGGGCUUGUUUGUAAACUUGCAUUCUGUAUCUGGUGUCUCAAGAAUUUCCAUUAUUUCUGUAAAUCCCUUGUCUGCAUACUUACCAUGGAAGAACUGUUGCUAGAAAUGUACAGAUACGGUAUGCUUACUAUCAGUUUCUUUCUAGAAGAAAAAUAUGUAUUUAUGGUUUAAAAAAAAAUCACAGUUGUGUAUUCCUCAUUAUGAUCAUUUUGUUUUUUAAGAAGCAGUUUUUGCAUUUUCUAUGUUUCUGGUCACGGAGACCAAGGAUCUUUCUUGAAGUAUAUGAUACUGCACAACAGUAUGAACUAUGAACUGGAAGAAAUUUAGUCAAAAAAAAUGGCAAAUGAGUUAAACAAAUGGAUUAUACAAAAUAUCUGCAACUUGUGCUCUUAACAUUAGAAUCACAGGAUUUAUGUUAACCAUUUUUCAUGCAACCCUGUGCAAUAGUUCACAUUUGACUAGGUUCAAGUUAGAGAUGCAAUUGAUCUUCUGGAGUUGGGUGAGAAUGAGAUUCAACAUUUUUCAAACUCUCUGCUUAUAGAAAUGUUACAGUACAUAAUGAUCUAACUCGGUGUUAUAUGGACUUCAACUCCCAGAAUUCUCCAGCCAGUCCACACAUCUUAAAGUUGCCAAGGUUGAAAAACACUGGUCUAACUCAUACAUCUGUGUGAGUAAAAAAUCUGGAUAGUUAAGUCAGUGAGCUUAGUUACCUGCUAUGAUUUUUCCUCCAACAUAUCAGAGAAUCAGGCAGUUUUCAGCUGAUGCAUAAUGACACAGAACUGUGUUGUGGACUAAUGCGAAGCUGCCUCACCAAAAAGGGUCACAAGUUACUUUUCCUUUCCUAUGAAGGAGGGAAUAAUUUCAACAAAUGCCGCCACCUAUCUCCAUCCCCCAUGUCAUAUUCAAUGCUAUCUGCAAGCUUUUCUCAAGCCACCAGAACAAAGUUUCAAGAGUUCUGGGAGGCUGUAAAAUACACCACAGGAAAGCCCAAUGCUGAGAAUAUUACUUAUUUUGUUUGGGAAAGCAAAUUUAAGAUCCAAGCCUACAAUUUUAAAGUUGACUCUUUUUCAUCCAUCAGGAGAUUCCAUACAGGUAGUCCUUGCUUAAUAACCACAAUAGGGACCGGAAAAUUAAGCAAUUCACCAUGUGACCAGACCCAA